AUGUCGCGCUACUUCUUAUACGUUCAUCCAUGUUUACCGGUCAUAAAUGAGGCGGAGUUCUGGCCGAUGCUUAAUCAAGAAGCGACGGGGAAGUCGUCUUUCUCUCUGCUGGUGUUUCAGGCAAUGAUGUUCGCUGCUUGCAGUUACAUCUCGUUGGCCGAUGCGCAGAAAUGGGGCGCAGAGUCAAUCUUGGAAAUGCGCAAUUCGUUUUAUCGGCGUGCCAAGUUUCUUUACAAUUUCGGUGUUGAGAAUGAUCCUCUAUGCAUCGCUCAAGCAUUAACACUACUCACUUACCAAAGCUCCGGAACUAACCACCUCAGCAACACUACUUGGCUUGGUCUUGCAAUUCAGCAGGCUCAUCUUAUCCAUGCACAUCUCUACCAUCGCUGUCCCGUCGAAGGUAGAUACAAGCGAUCAGAGCUGAAGCGUCUGUGGUGGUGUCUUAUCAUCCGUGAUAGGAUUGUCUCCCUCGGCAUGCGCAGACCGCUCCAGAUUCUCCCAACACACUUUGAGGUAGCAUCCAGGGAUCCAUUGCUGAUGGAUGACUUAUCUGAUGAGAUUCAUACUUCGCAAGUCUACGACUCCGAGACGAAAGAAAUGCUUUGCAAGAUCAUGACUAGUCUGUGUCGGCUUGCUGUCUCUUUGACAAAUGUCAUAAUGACUCUUUAUCCUUUGGACCCGUUUCCGGAUGGUCAGGGGGUGCUAACCGCGUUGUACUUUGAAUCCGCUCGUCUGGCGCUUUACCAAUACAUCUCUUUUCGCAUACAUCGAAACCAACGCCCGGACGAUUGGCCAGACCUAAUGGACGCGGUCACAGCAAUCCACGACGUGGUCAAGCGUUUCGUGGUUGACGGCACAGCUGGUCAUCUACCAAUCAGCGCAGUCGCGUAUACAGCAUUACCGCAGAUGGUAUUGAACCUGAACCUACGGCUGUCGAGUGAUACAUUAACCCGUCGACGCCAAGAGAACGUUUUGAGUAUUUACAUGGAACUCAAUCGACAAUAUGUCCUGCGUUACGACGUCUCACAUGUCAGCACCUGGGUGAACCGAAUUGUCCGUCUAUUUGAAAUGUCUCUCUCGCCUAUCAAGCCACAACUCGCAGACCUUGCUCGACGACAAAGAGUGUUCCCUGGGAAGGAUUGCUUGUAUUUGCUUGAGCUCGAGCCUGAGCUAUACUUUAAGAUUUCGGGGAUGAUGGAUGCUUCGAUGUCGACUGGUCAAUUAGCUCUUGAAUAUUCGGGGACGAGAUUGGGAUUUCCAUCGCAAGAUCUGUCGUUGUCGCUUUUCCGUGGAGAGUCUUCGGAUUUUCCAGCGAUAGACUCUCUUCGGCAGUCCGAGCUAGGGCAGAUCUUGCCACUUGAUGAAGAUACUUUGGAGGGAGAAGACGAAGACCCCUUUGAAGCCGGAACAAAGCGCGAGAUCGGAAGCCUUUCUCGAAAACAACUAGAUCCAAACAAAGACAUUGUCAUCCUCACUUCACCUAGGAAGCAUCCUAUAUUCACAAAGCUUCUGGGGAUAUUGAGCUUGCGUUGGCUAUUAAAGCAUCGAUCCCAUACUCAGUAUCCUAUCACUGGAUAUAACACCAAUCACCCCAACAGCCCAAUCACCAUCUCGUUCAUGGCUGUUCCGGAGGUUGAACUAUUCUGGCAAGCCUCAGCGAAAGUAAUGGCGGGCUGCCAACUCCUCGCCACCAUCCUCCGCGACAUUGAAAACAAACAAGUAUUCACCAACAAACUAGGCCUUCUAAUCGAAGACCUAAUCGAUCUCCAAUACACCGUAUCCGCAAAAGCAUCCGAAAUCGCCCAAAAUAAAACCCUAGUUCGGCAAGAUAUUAUCCAAGAUCGAAUCUGGCAGGUCGAAGAUAUCUUCCGCGGGAUGCUUGUAGGACAAGAGAUGACGGCGGUUGAUCCUGUUCUCCGUCCCCUUCUUGCUCGGCAGUUUGAGAAGGCGUAUGAGAUUUUAGAUGGGAUUUUGAUGACGCCGCUGCAACGUUUGAAAUUGGAGUUGGGUCCGACUAAAUAUGUUCCUGUAGCAAGUUUGGAUUGGGAGGAGAGGAUUGAGGCUGGUGUGCUUGAUGUGCCAUGGUGA